GUCUUAUUGGUUAGUGCAGUUUAUCAUAUUUAUGACUCUUACGUACUGAAGAAAGCAAAACAAGCAAUCAUAGAAAAUUUUUUAGAAGACUAUAAAGCUCUUAAGCCUACGUGAUACUCUUAUGUAGAAAUUAAGCGAAUCAAAAAUAACUUUGGAGACAAGUUAGGAGAAGGAGCAUAUGGAAAUGUAUAUAAAGGAUGCAUUUCAAAAGAAUUCAGUGUUGCCGUGAAGAUACUCAAUGUUUCUGAAGGAAAUGGGCAAGACUUUCUCAAUGAAGUUGGUACAAUGGGUAGAAUCCACCAUGUUAAUAUUGUUCGAUUGAUCGGUUUUUGUGCAGAUGGCUUUAAAAGAGCUCUAAUUUAUGAAUUUUUACCAAAUGGUUCGCUGCAGAAGUUCAUAAAUUCACCAGAAAACAAGAAAAACUUCCUUGGUUGGAAAAAAUUGCACGAAAUUGCUUUAGAUAUAGCUAAAGGAAUUGAGUAUCUUCAUCAAGGUUGUGAUCAACGCAUCCUCCAUUUCGAUAUCAAACCACAAAAUGUGUUACUUGACCAUAAUUUUAUUCCAAAAAUAUCUGACUUUGGUCUAGCUAAAUUAUGUGCAAGGGAUCGGAGCAUGGUGUCAAUGACCACAGCUAAAGGAACUUUGGGAUACAUUGCUCCCGAAGUGUUUUCAAGGAACUUUGGAAACGUGUCUUACAAAUCAGAUGUUUAUAGUUAUGGAAUGAUGUUGCUUGAAACAAUAGGAGGGAGGAAAAUCACAGAGGACUUAGAGGAAAACUCUAGUCAUGUUUACUAUCCAGAAUGGAUUUAUAAUCUUAUAGAUGAUCAAGAGGAAAUGAGAAUUCAUGUUGAUAAUGAAGGGGAUGAAGAAAUUGCAAGAAAAAUGGGCAUUGUGGGACUUUGGUGCAUUCAGUGGCAUGCUAUGGAUAGACCAUCAAUGCAAAUGGUGGUUCAGAUGUUGGAAGGAGAUGUAGACAAAACUCCAAUACCUCCCAAUCCUUUUGCUUCUCAAUCUAGACAGCCUAGGAGAAAUGGUGCAACUGCAACUACUAGACAACUAACCCAAGAUUUAGAUGUAAUUCAAGAGUUAGAUGACUUGCCAUUGCUAAAUCUGUGUUAAUACGACAUUCGGCAAAUAGUAAGGUGGAUGACCUUCUCAUCUCAUCCAUAGUUUAUUAUA